CCGCACGCUAGCACUCGUAGCAGCACGGUCAGCAUGGACGCCACAGCGCCGAGCGAGCCGCAGGCCGACGACGCCGGCGCGCCAGAAGUCGCAGAGGACGGCUUCGAGACGCUCCUGCCCGGCGUGCGCUACAAGGAGAUUGCAAGAGGCGAGGGCCCGGCGGCGGACUACAAGCAGAGCGUGACGUGCUCGUACACCGCCGAAUGUACAAAAACAGGUGAGGUCUUCGAGAAAGUAGAGCAACGAACGUUACGAAUCGGCGACGCAGACGUGCCGCCCGGGCUCGAGCUGGCAUUGAGACGGCAGCGCGCGGGCACGCGGGCCGUCAUCCAAGCGGAGUGGCGCUUCGCGUACGGCGAGGACGGCCGGCCGGCGUCAUCAAUGGAUGGCACGAAGGCGGUCGAACCGAGGACGGACGUGACGUGGCGCAUCUCCACCCUGAGCUUGGGCCGCGGCGAGGGCGAAUCAGAGGGACGGGACAAACUAAAUGAGUUAAGGGAGAAGAAGGACCUGGGCAAUAACCACUUCCGCCAUAGUAAUUGGCGCAAGGCGGCGCAGAACUACCAGGACGUGCUCAAGGAUUUAAAUCCCGAGGCCUAUGAUGAGUGUCGGGACGAGGCCGUCUCGAUAUAUGUGGCCUGCGCCAACAACCUCGUGUUUGCGCUCAUGAAAUUAGGCGACUGGCUCAAGGCCGAGCAGGCGGUCUGCGACGUGCUGGGGGUGGCGCCCGACGACGAGAAGGCCUUGUAUAGAGCUGCGAAGAUCGCGCUCCACCUGUCGAAGUGGGCCGAGGCCGACGCCGCGAUUUUGAGAGGUCGCUCCUUAUACCCCGCGUCACCGGCCUUCCCCCGGCUGGAAUCGGCUCUCAAAACGCAGCGGGCGAAGUACAAGGAGCGGAGGAAGCAGAUGAGCCGGAGCAUGGCCGGCGCGCUCUUCGCGGUCGACGGGGCGGUUGAUGAGGCGCCCGCCUCAUCAACGUUUCCGUGGUAUCCUGUGCUCGGCGGAUGCGUCGUCGCGGUCGCGGUCGCGGUCGCAGCGGCGUUGUGA